GGGCGGGCUGGGGCCUGGCGGCCGGGCGGUGCCCGGAGCCCUGCCCGCCGCCACGAUGGAGCAGGCGGCGCAGCGGCGGCUGCGAGCCCCCGGCGGGGGCCGCGGUGCGCAUCGGCUGCGCAUCGGGCUUCUGGGGGGACACGGCGGCCGCAGUGCCGCAGCUGCUGUACGGCGGGAAGCUGGAUUUCCUCGUCUUCGAUUACCUCUCCGAGAUCACCAUGUCGCUGCUGACGGCCGCCAGAGCACGGUCCCCCGAUUUGGGUUACGCUCCGGAUUUCGUCUCCACUGCCGUAGCUCCAUAUAUAAAAGAUAUUCACAGGAAAGGUGUUCGUGUCAUCAGUAAUGCUGGUGGAGUUAAUCCCCUUGCUUGUGCAGCUGCUCUUCAGGAGGUGGCGAAGAAAGCGGAUGUUGAUUUGAAAAUAGCUGUUGUUGCUGGAGAUGACCUAAUGAGUGAGAAAGAAAACCUAAAAGGAGCUGGUAUCAAAGAUAUAGAGAGUGGCAAACAAUUUCCAGAGAGUAUUCAUAGCAUGAAUGUGUAUCUUGGAGCAAGACCAAUAAGCAGGGCUCUUGACCUUGGAGCUGAUAUUGUUGUUACUGGCAGAUGCGUUGACAGUGGGAUUGUGUUAGGGCCACUCAUUCAUUCUUUUGGCUGGAAUAGAGAUGAAUUUGAUUUGCUAGCAGCAGGAAGCCUUGCAGGUCAUCUUAUUGAAUGUGGUGCUCAGUGUACUGGUGGAAUAUUCACUGACUGGCAUGUGGUACCAGACUGGCAUAACAUAGGCUUUCCCAUUGUAGAGUGCUCCUCUGAAGGAGACUUUAUUAUUUCCAAACCACCGGACACAGGCGGGCUAAUCUCAUUUGGCACUGUGGCUGAACAGUUGGUGUAUGAAGUGGGCAAUCCUCAGCGCUAUCUUUUACCAGAUGUCACAUGUGACUUUUCUGAAGUUUCCAUCACUGAAAUUCCAGGUUUUGAAGGUGGGGCAGUGAAAGUUCAUGGAGCAAAAGGAUCACCUCCUUCGACGUUUUAUAAGGUAAGUGCCACUUACCUUGAUGGUUUCAGAGCUACUGCUGUCUGUCCUGUGGGAGGUCCAAAGGCAGUACAAAAAGGAAAACUUACUGCGGAAAGUAUUCUCAAAAGGACUCGUCUUAUUUUCAGUCAGCUUGGGUAUGAAGAUUACAGUGCAGUUAACAUACAGGUUUUAGGGUCUGAAGAUACAUAUGGACCUCAUGCUAGAAGGAGUAUAGAUGGUCAGGGUCCUCGAGAAGCUGUUAUUUGGCUUGCUGUACAUCAUAAGCGAAAAGAAGCUUUAGAAAUCUUCUCCAAAGAGAUUGCACCAGCUGGAACUGGCAUGGCACCCGGACUCACUGGAAUAGUUGGAGGGCGCCCUAGAGUGUCUCCAGUUUUGAAGCCAUUUUUCUUCCAUUAUCCCAAAAGCGAUGUCCAGAUCAACUUAUUUUUAAAUGGUCAGCAUGUUGAGACAUUUGAGGAGGAUCUCACAUUUACAUCAGAUGAACCUGUUUCCUGUGAUCCACCCAAGAUUGACAGUGAAUUGAAAGAUCUGCCAAGUGGUCCUCAUACUUAUCGCUUAGAAGAUCUUGCCUAUACUAGAAGUGGAGACAAAGGCAACUCUGCAAACAUAGGUGUUAUAGCACGGCAUCCCCUCUACUAUCCAUACCUAAAGAAAACUUUAACUGCUCAAGCCUUGGAGAACUACUUCCAACACCUUUUAGAGCGAGAAAAGCCUGAAGAAGAACUAGUAACAAGGUACGAGUUGCCAGGAAUCCAUGGAUUAAAUUUUGUUCUGAAGAAUUCCCUUGGUGGUGGUGGCAUAGCAUCCCUGAGAAGUGACCCACAGGGCAAAGCACUUGGGCAGAUGCUGCUGGAUUUCCAGAUUAAAAAUGUUCCUGAUUUAAAAUCACUGAUAGAAUAACAGGUGUUUGAUACAUGUAUUUCUUUAACACUGAGUAGUAUAAAAAUAUUAUGAACAAGAACUGGCUUCUCAAGUCAGACUUAUAAAAGUCACAGAGGAGAAAUUAGUGACAGUUCUCUCUGAGGCUUAGCUUAAAUGGCACAGAUUAGCAACUGUUUUGAGUAAUGGCAGACUAAUAGCUUUGUCUGUGACUGAUAACAUUUCCUGUCUAGAUAAUGCAUUGGAUGAAGAAUUAAUUUAUUUCCUGUAAGAUAGAAUUAAACAAAUUGCAACAUUUAAUUAUGAGACAAGAUAAUCUUUGUUCCAAGAUGAAAAUUGCCUCCUGUUCAGUUCAUCUCUUUUCCUUCUCUAAGUCUUUAUUUAAAAACAAAAUGGACCGAUAAAGUUGCGUUCCUGUCAACUGUAUUUGUCCUGUGCAUAGAGCAAAGUUAGGUAACCUGAUGUGCAUCACUAAGAAGUUAGCACUGGAGAACAGCUUUCCCUGUAGAAUCACAGAACCAGUAAGGUUGGAAAAGACCUCCAAGAUCACCUGGUCCAAGUGUCCCCCCUACCACCGAUAUCACCCACUAAACCAUGUCCCUAAGCACAAGGGCAGUAUAGAGCAGUAAAGAAAUGUAGUAGCUCUUACCAUUACAUAGUGAGCGACAGUAAAUACUGACCUUUGCUGGUGAUCUACUGAACUGCCAGCACUUGUUCCAAUUAAUGACAGAUUUCUUUGCUGUUUCCCAACAUCUCACUAAUGAAUCCACCAGUUGAAAAGCACUAACCAGUAACAAAUUGUGAUUCUUAGCAAGGGGAUCAGUUGGGAAAUGCAGACAGGAGAAUGGUGUGAGCUACACUAUCUGCCCGCUCUUGUCAUGAGGCAGUAAGUAUUAGCAGGGAGAAGGGGGCACUAGGCAGUGCAGGUGUGCCUUGUUUUCUUUCAGGCCUGCUAAGUCUCCAUUUUGUGUACCAGAGUCCUGUCCGGAUUAAGUCUAUUUGGCUGUCAUUUGCAUUGCCUUUCCCACAGAAUGGUCCGCAAGCCUUCCACAGAAAGGUUUGUCUCCUGCUGUGAAGGAGUAUUGUGUUGAAUGAAGUGCACUUUUUUCUGUUCUGACUGCCAUUUACCACCUCUGGAUUUCCUCUUUUUGCUUCCAACCUUCUCCAUUGUGGCAAAAUAUUACUAGCAUGUUCAAUCUAGGAUACUCCUAGACAGUUUCACUUAAAUAAUCAGAAACUCUAAGAUCCAUGUCAUGCUGCUUAUGACAAUAUAAGGAUGCAAAUUGUGGCCCAAUAGCUGUCUGUAUUUCCUCCACAGAAGCCAUAUGAAUAUUACUCUGUAUGUUCAGAUAUUUUAUUCAGAAGUUAAUCUUCCCCUUUAUUUUGGGGGAGUCUGCACUACUUGUUUAGUGCUGACAAAAUGAGGUGUUACUAAUAAUAUCAUGGAAAAAAUACGAAGAUAAAUAUUUUGUAAACUUCACCAAAACUCUCUUCAACUUUACUAAAUCUCAGUCUGUGCUAUUAUUAUUAAUUUCCUUACCUUUAAUUGAUUUUAAUGAGGACUGCACAAGGAAUUGUUCCCACCUUUUUCUGUGGUUUUGUUCAUUAGACUUGAAUGUAUAAAUGAAAGCUUAAUCCAUCUAAACAUGUUACUCUUAGCCAGUUGUAAGUUCUAUCUGUGUAUUCAGCAUGGUUCAGUCUAGUUGUCACAAAAACUAGUCAGUACUUCAUUGCAGAAAAGUAUCCAACUUUAUAAUUUUAAAAGGGAAAAGGGUGUGUUGUUUUUAUCAUGUUUACAUUCAUUGUUCAUUCAGAAAACUUGUUAAUAAUUUGGAAGCCUGUUAGUUUAGCAAAACAUACAAAGGUAUUGAGAGGGACUUAAAAAAAAGUGAUAGACCUCAAUAGCAAACCUACAAGGAUAAAAAGGCAACAACAAAUAUAUGUAGUUUACUGCAUAUGCUGCUUAAGUGACUCUGUAAAUGUUUAUGCAACUAUUUUAGAAUUAAAGUAUACAUUUAUAAGUA